CAACUGUCAGUCAGCUGCGCUCGCGCUCUACUGAUGAUUCGAUUGCGUGUGAGAGCGCGAGAGAUGCUGAGCAGCUUCCUGUUUGAAAAGAAACUCCCUCAGAAACCUCUGCGACCGAAACUAAGAAUAACCAAGCAGUGAUUCCUGCCGUUUACACCUGUCCAUCCUCAUGUCACCUUAUAAGGGUUCCUUAGCAACAACAAUGGCGCCAUCUGCUGGACUGACCUUUGAAUGCCUUCUUUUUAAUCAAAAUGAAUGCUUGACAUGACAUUUCAAGCAGUGACAGCAGCAUCUAAAACAUCCCAAUGCAUUUUCUGACCACAGAACUGCGAAAAAUUGUACAAUUGUAUCAUGUAUGUACCAUGGUUAGUUUAUAUUAGUCAUGUGCACAAGACUUUUAGGGUAGGUUGGGAUAAGAUGCCCUCCCGGGGCAAGAUGACCCCCCCAACUUAAUCUUUUUCUUCUGACCAUAGAUGAUAAAAAUGGCUACACUAUUUUUAAUUUAGACAUUUUAUCUAAUUUUGUGCCCCUUGAAAAUAGUAAUGAUAUAUUAUGUUGAUUAUAAACGUUUUUAUGUCUAUUUGUUAAUGAGGGAUUUGUGGAAAAAUUAUGUUUUUAGACCUUUUGAGUAAAAGUUAUAGUUUUUAUUUUGAAGUUAAAGGAUAAAAUUAGACCCCUGGGGUAAGAUGAGCCACCCAACUUAAUCUUUUUCUCCUGACCAUAGAUGACAAAAAAACACUCAUCUCAGCACUCGAAUGGCUGCGCUAUUUUUAAUUUAGUCAUUUUAUCUCAUUUUGUGCCCCUUGAAAAUAGUGAUGAUAUAUAUAUUAUGUUGAAUAUCAACAUUUUUAUGUCUAUUUGCUAAUGGAACAAUUAAUGUUUUUAGACCUUUGGAGUAAAAGUUAUAGUUUUUAUUUUGAAGUAAAAGGAUAAAAUUAGAUCCUUGGGGUAAGAUGAGCCACCCAGUAUUGGCACAGAAGGUCCCAAGUGGCAUGUUGCUACUAGUGUUAUUAUAUUUAAAUGUAAUAUCUAUUGUAAUUAAUUAAUGGGGUUAUUAUUUGGUAUUUACGUUAAUUAGAUGGCCUACAUCUUUGCUUUCAUUAAAAUGUAUAGGUUAGUUGAGUGAAAUCAUUACAUUUGCAUUCAUUAUGACAUAUCUUCAAUUAAAAUAUGGGCAGUAAAUAAAAUAUGUGGGCAGUAAGUAAAUAUUCAUAUGCUUGCAUAUAGGUCAGAAUAAUUUUACCUUUCAAAUGAAUGUCUUUUACUGAUAUUCUGCUUUGUCCGUCAUCGGUUUAUUUAGCAUUUUACAUUAAAAUUGAACAUUUUAACUGUUCAAUUUAACUAAUUUAUCUAUUUCCUUACGUCCCUGCCAUUCUCCUCCUUAUUUCACAGCUGUAUGUUCUUCUAGGCUCAUUGUCAGUGUUGUAACCAUUAUGCAUUUUAUAAUAGGUUGUUAAUCUUUGUUGUUUUUGCUGUGUCAUCCGCCAUGUCAACUGAUUCAAUAAGUGUUACUGUCAGGGGAGUUACUGGUUCCCAAGUGUAACACCAUGCACUGACAAAAGAGCAUGCAUCACAAUUACAUUAAAUGCAUUUCUUUAUGACCUUGUAUGAAAUAUAAGACAAAUUAAUUACUAUGCGAAUACAGCACAGUAGAUGCAAUAUGUGCUUCAUGAGUAUUUUAAAGACAAAAUAACAGAAGGAAAUGCCAGUGCAAUUUUAGAAUGACCCAUUCGCGUGUGAAAAACAACGUCAAAGUAGCCUGUCUUCGCAGUACAGCGCUCACGUGCGUCCGGUAAGAGAAAGUCAAACGCGUUAGUUCAGUGGACACCGGUCGGAGCUCGAGCUGGUUCCUGUUGCCACAGCAACCACUGAGGAGAAAUCCGUGCAGCUUCUGGUGCUGUAGCAUUACCGCAAUGAGGGGGAUGUAGCAGUUGUGGUCGGACAGAUGGGACCUCAAGAUUGACUGUGACUCACCACAAAGCGAUGAGAAAAAGAAAAUGUAGCGGUAAUGGACGACUGUAAUACCGGACUGGAGGGACGAAGCUGGAAACGAGCCGCAAUCAAGACCUGAGGAAUGAACAAAUAUCUUCAAGAACUCCAAUAUGAGCAUUCAUAGUUGAAGGUCAUCAAGUGUAGCCAUUACUGAAAGAAAAUAUCUGGCAGUUUUCAAGAUGAUUCUGCUGACUUUAUCUGAAUCUGCCAUUCUUCCACCUCAUUCCAGAAUCAACUAUGGAUAACAACGCAAAAACCUGCUCUUUGCCCAGACUCUGAUUUCACAGGAAUUGGCAGACGCUUGACAGCCCUGCAAUGGAAUAUUUUUGGACCUCUCUGGUGUCAAUAUAUUUAUUUCUUUGUUGUCUGUUCGGUUUUGUCUUUCUCUAAAUAAUGCUGGAAAAACCCACGUAAGUUUUUGAAUUGCAUGCAAACAGGGAAUGAAGAUACUCAUUUAGCAUGAACUGAAUUUCUAUAAUGUAUUUUUAGCAUAAUUUGCUUGUCAUAAAUAUAUCAGGGUGUCAUAUCAUGGAUAUAUAUAUAUUAUGUUAGGCUUUCUGUUAGGACUUCUGUGGACCUCUAAUCAUCAUUAUGUGCUGCAAGCUCUUGGAAAAAUGAAUUUAAGCAAUUGUUUUUGGUGAAAAACAAACACAAAGCAAAAAAAACAAAACUCAAAAAAACAAAAACAAGGGCUACCAAGGACAGUGCUCAGGUGCUGCUCCUAUAGCGUACUAAAAUCUGCUUAAUUUGAACAUUCGCACCUGCUUCCUGGCUCUUCCAGUCCCCUCGGCUGUUGCCGCACUUAAUCUCUCAGGAUGAGCCAGAAGUCCGACUCAGAGACUGAGGGCUCCCAGGCGCCUGUGAUUUACACAGUGGAGGAACUGGAGUGCAAGAUCUGCUACAAUCGUUUUGACACCCGAGCCCGCAAGCCCAAGGUGUUGAGCUGCCUGCACCGCGUCUGUGCCAAAUGUCUCAAGAAGAUGGUGGAGCUGGACUCAUCUCCGAGCAUCAUCAGCUGCCCCUUUUGUCGCCACGAGACUCACGUCCCUGAUGAGGAGAUCUGGCUUCUUCAAGAUGACAGCAACAUUCUGGCCAUUCUGACUUACCAGGACCGAGCGCGAAAGAGCGGUACCGCACCCAGUGGUGAGGUCCUUUUGACGCCCAACAGCCUGAGCGGAGGUGAGCAGGCCCACAGCUCCUCCGAUUGCCUCGUCAUCACAAUCAUGGAAGUCCCUGGAGAGUCGCAGUCCUCGGACUCUAUGAGCAUGCUGAACAUGGUACGCUUGUAUCGGCCAGCCAGCCUGGACUCCUUGCCUUGCCACCUGCCCGUGCAGAAGUGCCGGGCAUGGACAUCCCGUUCGGUUCCCCGCUUUCUGAUGGGUUUCCUCUGCCUGGUCUACUUCAGCUCUCUGCCACUGGGGAUCUACUUGCUGAUGAUCCAGCAGCUUACAAUGGGAGUGAUCCUGGUCAGCCUGGUGCCCUCCACCCUGGUCCUUUGCGUAUUCUAUGGCUUCUGCCAAUGUUUGUGCCACGAGAUCAUGGAGGCCAUCGCCACAUAGCUCCCCACUGUCUUUGGGCUGAACUAGCAAGACCUGUUAAAGAACAAAGCCAAAUGACUGAUGCAUAUCUGCUAAUCCCAGACACCCCAUUUUUUCCAUCACACCAGAUUAUACCAGCAUCUACCAGUAAACUCCUUGUAAAUCACCUCACAUUGUAUGCAGGGCCAACUAUACUUGACUUUAGCAGUUGAUUACCAAUGCAAGCUGAAGGUAUUGAUUUUGGACUGCAUCAAAACGCUGUGGUUUUUGUAUCGCAUUUAGCUCACCCAAUGGGUCUUCAACAACUGUGAUAUAAAUAACACGCAACAGAGAAUGAAGUCCUUCCACUCUUUAAUAUGAAAACCACAGGAUGUGUUCAAUAAUACUAGAUGAAUUUGUUCAUUUUCUGUUAUAUUAGGAAUAUCUGUGGUAUAAUUUCAAUCAUUGUCUCAAUGUUCUCGUUGAAGUUCCUAGUUGCCUUUGUAAGGCAUGUCAAUGGCCAAGCUGUAAUGUAUAUGUAAAAUAAGUGAAUUUGUGUUUGUCAUUGCUAUGAGAAUGGACAAAUACUUUAAAGCCACCUGUUAGAUAUUCAAUAAAGAUUCUUCCAUAUCUAACACAA